CACAAACAAAAAUAAAUGUCAGCAAAGUUGAGUGCAUUCAUCGUAUUUCCAUCAGGAAAAUCCACAAUUAAUUAGUAAAUUUUAAAUAAAAAUGGCCCUUUACGACGAUUUGGACACUAAGCAGGGUCCCGAUAAAGUCGCUGGCUGGUCCUCCGGUAUCAAGUUGCUCCAAACUCAACUUCAAGUGAAGAAAGCGGCACAACCAACCAUUCAGCCGAAGAAUGUCUUGAGGAAACAUGCUUUAACGCCGGUAGUUAAUCUUAAAGCGAAAAAGGAGAAUAUUGAUCUUUUUGGAUUACUUCCAAGUAGCAGUCAGAUAUCAGUGGACAAACCGAUCACGGUCACAACAUCCAUCCCCACCAGUAGUGGAAGCGGUGGAGAUGCCUAUAGCUGGGACGUUAUUGACGAGUACAACCCACUAUGGCCAAACGAGUACGAAAAGUUAACCAAGGAUCGGAAAGCGAAAGAACCGCCAAAGCAGCCGAUGAACAAUUACGGUGGACGCAACAGACGCGAAUACAAACGAGGUUUAAAUAUGAACAAAAUGCAUGGUGGUGGUGGAGCCGGCGGUGGCGGGGGUGGAGGAGUCGGAGGCGGAGGCAACGAUGAUGGUCCCGGAGGGAAGAAAAGUGGAUUCGCCGGGCGUCCAUCGUCGGAUGAUGAAGAAGAGUUCCGACCAGGGUUGGCGUCUUCCGGUGCGGCGAUUGCCCCGCCGGCGUCUUUACAGGAAUCAGUCGCACAAAUUCCGGAUGGAUCGAAAAUACCUAAUCUUACUGCUUACGGAGGAAGCUCAGUUGCUGCCAAGAUUAUGGCCAAAUACGGUUUCAGAGAUGGCCAGGGAUUGGGUAAGCAGGAGCAAGGCAUGUCCAUGGCUUUGCAGGUUGAAAAGACAUCUAAACGAGGGGGGCGUAUUGUGCACGAGAAGGACAUCAGCAUGCCUCCGCCGGGUGAGAUUCCAGCUGGUGCAGGAGCGUCGACCUCGGCGGCACAGGCUUCGUCGUUUGCAUCGGAACCGUCGAUAACGGAAAUCAUGAAAUCGCCGAGUAAAGUUGUGCUACUAAGGAACAUGGUCGGGCCUGGCGACGUGGACGACGAAUUGGAACCGGAAGUCAAAGACGAGUGCAACACCAAGUACGGCGACGUAGUCACUGUGGUGAUCCAUGAGAUUCCGAAAGUAGUGCCGGAAGAAACAGUUCGCAUUUUUGUCGAGUUCAAGCGAAUGGAAAGCGCCAUCAAAGCCGUUGUGGAUCUAAAUGGUAGGUUCUUCGGUGGACGGCAAGUUCGAGCAGGUUUCUACAAUCAGGAGCGAUUCGACAGUAUGGACCUUGAUGGUUGAGCGAAGAAGUGUUUGAGAAUGGGAGUGAUUGGUGGUAUAAUAAACAAUUUGUGUACUACAAUGAUUUUAUGUUCUUUCCAGUAUAUUUUUCCAGAAUACACAAGCAGAAAAUAAAAUAAUGUGUAAAAA